GUUGCAGAUCUAAAAGAUGCUGCGCUUGGCCAGGUCUAGCAUUACUCGUAACCUCGUCCGAUGUUAUGCUAAAGACAUCAAAUUUGGAGCAGAAGGCCGAAAGGCUAUGCUUGUUGGUGUUGACUUGCUAGCUGACGCUGUCUCAGUAACUAUGGGUCCCAAGGGCAGAAAUGUGAUCAUCGAACAGUCAUGGGGAAGCCCUAAAAUCACCAAGGAUGGAGUUACAGUUGCCAAAUCUGUUGAUCUUAAAGACAAAUAUCACAACAUGGGAGCCAAGCUCAUCCAGGAUGUUGCCAACAAAACCAAUGAAGAAGCUGGUGAUGGUACCACCUGCGCCACCAUUCUUGCCCGAUCCAUCACGAAGGAAGGUUUCGAGAACAUCAGCAAAGGCGCUAACGCAGUUGAAAUCCGACGAGGUGUGAUGGCUGCUGUAGAUUUGAUUGUCAACGAUCUCAAGAGUCAAAGCAAGAAGGUCACUACACCAGAAGAAAUUGCUCAAGUAGCCACAAUAUCAGCAAAUGGUGACCAGGCCAUCGGAAAUCUUAUCUCGGAAGCCAUGAAGAAGGUAGGAACAAAAGGUGUAAUCACUGUGAAGGAUGGAAAGACGUUGCACGAUGAACUAGAGCUUAUCGAAGGAAUGAAAUUUGACAGAGGGUACAUUUCUCCAUAUUUCAUCAACACAUCGAAGGGAGCAAAGGUAGAGUAUGAAAAGGCUCUAGUGCUUCUGAGCGAAAAGAAGAUCAGUAAUGUACAAGAUAUUGUCCCAGCCCUUGAACUUGCCAAUAAGCACCGGAGACCACUUGUUAUCAUUGCUGAGGAUGUGGAUGGGGAGGCACUCACCACAUUAGUUUUGAACCGAUUGAAGGUCGGCCUCCAAGUUGUUGCUGUCAAAGCACCCGGAUUUGGUGACAACAGAAAGAACACGUUGAGAGAUAUGGCAAUUGCUACCGGCGGUACUGUCUUCGGAGAUGACUCAAACCUUGUCAAAUUGGAAGAUAUUCAAUUGAGCGAUUUCGGCGAGGUUGAAGAAGUGACCAUCACCAAAGAUGACACUCUCCUUCUACGUGGCAAAGGAGAUCCUGCUGAAAUUGAAAAGCGCAUUGAACAGAUAGCUGAUGAGAUUGAACAAUCGACCAGUGAGUACGAGAAGGAGAAAUUCAACGAGCGAUUGGCGAAACUAUCGAAAGGUGUGGCUAUGCUGAAAGUUGGAGGCGCCUCAGAAGUUGAAGUGAAUGAAAAGAAGGACCGAGUCACCGAUGCUUUGUGCGCUACUCGAGCUGCUGUAGAAGAAGGAAUCGUACCUGGUGGUGGUGUAGCUUUACUACGAUCUCUCAAAUGUCUCGAAAGUUUCAAGGCACCCAAUGACAACCAACAACUAGGAGUGAACAUCGUGAGAAAGGCUGUACGCGAACCCAUAUGUGCGAUUGUAAAGAAUGCUGGAAUUGAACCUGCCUCCAUUGUUGAAAAGAUUCUGUCCAACAGCAAGGCGUCGUACGGUUAUGACGCCAUGAAUGACAAAUUCGUCGAUAUGUUUGAAGCUGGUAUAAUCGACCCCACCAAGGUGAUUCGAACGGCCCUUCAAGACGCUGCUGGUGUAGCUUCAUUGUUAGCGACGACAGAAUGUGUAGUCUCAGAACUACCAAAGGAAGAACCAGCACCAGGAAUGGGUGGAGGUAUGGGUGGCAUGGGAGGAAUGGGCGGAGGAAUGUACUAAGCUUUCUCGAUGUGACAUCCAGUUAGGUGCUGCUGCUACUUUCCUGUCACCUUUCCACUUGUUAUGUUGUUCAUAUCUGCGCUCAUUUUGUUGUACGUUGUAGACUAGUUGAUUUUAGUUGUUGAAAUAGUUAGGUAGUUUUUGUUAUUAUUGCAUGUUAACUAUAAUCACGUUAUAAUUAUGAGAAGACCGAUGCAUCUCAGAAUAUUGUUGAUUUUUAUUUUUGCAGACUUUUCAAUACAAAAAAUGAACUAGCAUUUAUUAAAAUCACAUCUACCGGU